AUGUCUCCCACCGAGCAUGGCAAUGCAGCCCCAGCCCCCAACCUAAAACCAAAGGCCAAGGAGAAAGAGAAGAAGGCGAAGGUUGUGAACAAGCCGCAGAGCGAUCGUUUGAAGACCGUAGUCCGCCGGCUGCCUCCCAAUCUGCCCGAAGAUGUGUUCUGGCAGAGCGUACAGAAGUGGGUUACAGAUGACACCGUCCAGUGGAAGGUGUACUAUCAGGGGAAGUUCAAGAAACGGCUAAACAAGGAGAACAUUCCAUCGCGCGCAUACAUCACCUUCAAGGAUGAAGAGAUUCUCGGGGAGUUUAGCCGAGAGUACGACGGGCAUAUGUUCAGAGACAAAGCUGGAAAUGAGUCAAUUGCUGUGGUGGAGUUUGCGCCUUACCAGAAGAUACCAGCGGAGAAGAAGAAAGCGGAUAGCAGGCUUGCCACCAUUGAGAAGGACGAGGAUUACAUUUCAUUCCUGGAGUCUCUGAAGGACAGCUCCACCAAGCCCUUCGAUGCGGAGAACCUGGAUACGCUCAUUGCUGCAGCCCAGCCGCCGCCACCGCCGACUACUACUCCGCUACUGGAAGCUUUGAAGGCCGAGAAGUCGGCGCAGAAAGACAAGGAAGCCAUUGUCCGCAAUCACCCUCAUUAUAAAGAUCAGGCCGGUCCCACCGGACAUAGUGCGGGGAAGAAGGAAGAUGCGAAAAAGAAGGGCGAAAUGCCGGCACAGAAACCUGCGGAGUCACAAACGAGUAAGAAGGCCGCAAAGAAAGCUGCAAAGGCUGCACAUCAGCAUCAGCAACAGCAGGGUCAGCCUGGUGCACCCAGUGUGAAUGCGCCUGCCAAGGCCGCCGCUACUGGUGCACCUGCUAAGCAACCAGCCGGUUCAACACAACCCAAGGCUCCGCGUCCUCCUCGCGAGCGCCAACAGCACAAGCUAUCCCCGUCUAACCCUACAGCGACUGCUGUCGGAGACCCUCCCACAACGGCGUCCGCAGAUGCUCCUGCAGCGCAAAGCGACACGCCUGUGCAGCCGGCACCCGCCCGGAGGACACGUCCCAUGCUCGGGCUCGCCUCACGCCAGUUCGAGGCUGCCCUGAGUGAGGCGGGCGUUGGGCCUGGUGAGCGUAAGUCUAAGAGAGAGAGGGAAAAGGGGCGUGCCCUGCCAGACGAAGGCGCCGCUGCUGCCUCCGGAACUACUCCGAGCAGUAGUAAUAUGGAUACCUCUCCUAAGAGGAAAGGGAGGGCUGAGAAGCGGCCUGCAGUGCCUAAUGCUGCCCUGCUCCCUCAGAUAUCCCGCGCUCCUCUCGUAACUUCUGCGGCGCCUGCACCAGCUCCGUUCAUCUUGCAGCGAGACGGUCAGCAACAGCCGCCGAAGAUCCUUACGCGACCGGGCGAUGGGCAGCUGGAUGAUUCUGGCCUUCCGCAGGAGGAUAGCGGCGCUGUGCGAGGGGGGCCGCGCCCUCGGGGCAGAGGCAGAGGUCGAGGUGGGAUGAGGGGAUCUGGAUAG